ACUAAUAAAAAGCAUCAGAAACGCUGACCAAUUAAGUCCAGCACUGACCUAUUUACGACGGUUAGUUUCAGCAACCCUAACAUAGACAGGUCUCAAAACAAGCCCAAACCCAAAAGAUUCAUGGUUGUCUCACUUAAAAAUGUUUUAUGAACCGUCUUCCACCUUUCUGGAGUGUUAACGUGCUACAGACCUCUGAUUUCUCCCACCCAUUCUAAAGUUACACAACAGACGCCGAUCUCUCCCUAACCAUGUUGACAUUUAGGACAUUUUGGAAAGCUCAAGACAAACAUUUAAACAUGUGAUAUCACACCCUCUUCAAUUGAUGAUGAUCUACCUUUUCUUCACGGACUGUCAAAUCUGUGGGAAGAAUGAGGUUCAACAAAAACGAGGUUGCUUCCCUGGCCUCUCAGCCCUCCCAUAAAUUCGAGAAAGAAGGUGUUCUCUUCGUGAAAGAGCGCCAAGAAGGAUUCUUUCGGAGGACAGAGAAAACCUCGUCCCUUUUAAACCGCUCACUAAAAUCUCGAUCCCGACGAUCCUCGUUAAGCUGCUAUGGUGGAAUGUUGGACAGAGUUUCGGUGGAACGAUGGUGUCGACUUCGAGGGAACUUGCUGUUCUAUUUCAAGUCGAGAGAUCAUUGGUCCGAACCCGCUGGAGUCAUCAUCAUUGAGGACUGCUCGGUCGAAGUGGAAACCAGCCUGUUGGAAUCCACUUUCGGGAUCAUUCUCAAGUUCGGAGGCGGCCUUCAACAACAUUUGGCCACCUACACGGAACAGGACCGAGAUGCUUGGACCGUGGCUUUAAAAUCUGCCUCCCAUCGGACCAUGAAGGCUCAUCUGCAAACCCUGAAGCAAAAGAUCCAAACCAAGCUUUAUGGCAACCCUGCGUUGGCGAGCUCGGCUUCAUCCGAAGAAAUCUCGUCAUUGAUUGCACCGAAAGUCCCCUCUGUGAUAGAUCCUUCCGAGGCUCCUAUAGUCGAGAUAUCCCUCUCCUGUGAUAAUCUACUCUGCGAUGCUCUCGGUCGGGCCCCUUCCGCCAGGCUUGUCAUCCACACUCGAAAUCCGCCAGAGAUCUUGUGGAAGCGAGUGGCUCAAACCGAGAUUGCUGAGAAGAGCAGUAAUCCAGCCUACCUGAGAACGAUCCAAUUUCGAGCUAGUGAACACUUUUCGGACAAGACCGAGGUUCGAAUCACGGCCUUGGAUUUUCGGGAGCGGUUCACUUCAACCGCCACUCAAUUGGGAAAGGCUCAUAUUACCAUAGAUCAACUUAAAACAGGAGGACGAUCUCGUCUAAAAUUGGAGUCCCCAAAUCCCGAGGGUCGAAAUGCUGGAUUUGUCACGCUCAAUGCAUGGACGUUCGAGGUGAAGGUGCCUGGAUCCACCGACUCCACACCAUAUCAUACCAAUAAACAUGGAUUAGAAAGUGCCAAGGACCUCAAGGCCGAGCUCAACAACGGACACGCGGCAGACUUCCAUGGCAGAUUAACCACUGGACUUCGAGGUCACCGCCGAUCCCAGUCCCUCCCUCCGGACACUCAUCAAUUGGCUCGAUUGCCUCAGCACAAGUCAUUGGGCAUGAUUUUUGCCAACCCCAUCGUCAAGACCUAUCGAUUCCACUCAGGUCUCUGCGGUGAUAUUGACGUCCAGGAAUUGAUGGCGGAAUCCAAGCUGAGUUUCACUUUCCCACAACAAUUGCUAUCCCUGUGGAUUUGCGAAGAGAAAGAGCUGGUACAUGAAAUUGCCGGAUUAGGGGAGCUCAAAUCCCCGUGGCACGAAUGUCAGAUGACCUGGCUGGAGAACCACUUAAAUCUCAUCAAUACUUAUUCCCAAGCUUUGGAGAAUCUGGACAACCAUCGCCCUAAACUCAAUUUUCGUAAAAGCACUCAAAAGAGUGACAAAACUUUCGAGUUUGUCCCCACCAACUUGCACCUCCAGCGAAUGUGGGUUCAGAACGAAAGUCUGAGGAAAUCCGGAUUCUACGAUACCUUCACGCACGGCGCUUUCACGGCCAUGGCUCAAAAGUCUCCAGGAUUAAUCAAAAUGCUCAAGGACUUGAAAGCCCCUCAAAAGGACAGCAAUGCAUGGUGCUCUCAAUCAGAUCGACUUCAAAUGGCGGAAGAUAUGCUCGCGGCAGUUCGAAGGGUUCGGAAGGAGGUGGUGGAUUGCAUGAGGGUUCUUAUGAAGCAAGGCAAGGAAAAACGCUCAGACGGCAUGUUUGCCAUGGUUGAGGACAUGCUGAGAAAGACCAAGUGUCUGUGCAGUCUAAUGGAUCAGGGUUUGGUCGAGGAGGCUUUUGUUUUCCUCGAAGACAACCGAAUUGCCCAACGACCCGAAAGAGAUGAGUUCUCCGAGUCAGUCUCCGAGUUUAUGCAACGGAACAAGCUGAAGAUUGACUUGCCAUUGUUCAGACAUAAUAAGUUUGAGAACCUUCAAACCCCUUGUACGGAGUUCCUUUCAAAAGAGCUCAGAACUCCUGAUGUGGACAUGUUCAGUCCAACCGAUCCGAUGUCAAGCGAAUUUUGGAGGACCUACAGCGCUUAUACAUCAGGGUAUCAGUCUGUGGAUAGACUAUCAGAUAUUGAUGAGUUCGAAGAGUCCUUCAAAUAUUUGAGUGUGGUUGAUAAAACGAGGCAUUAUUACACCCUUUGUCGGACGGGUUCGCCCAUAGAUACACCAUCAGGAUCUCCUAGGCAUUUGCCCACGCCUAAAAGAUCUCAGAGUCAGCACUCAAUGAGACAUGGCGAAGAUAAGGUUCAUUCCCAUCACGAAGAUGAAGGCAUCGGUCGCGAUGAAGUUAGUAAUGGCAAUGAAAAUAUGGCGGAUGACCUCUACUCUGAAGAUGAAGGAGAAUUCAGACUUCAUGGAGUGGAAGACGUUUUGAACGCCAUUGAAGAGAUUGAAGAAGACCACUCUGAAGACUGCCUUAGCGAUGAUGAAGUUGAGUUCGGCGCCAAUGAAAGUCUAUUUGAUGCAUCUGAAUUUACUACUCAAAAUGAAACAAACAAAGACACUCCCCAAGAGAGCCCACGGGAAAGUCCCGCCAAAGCAAAGGCAAACUUGAAAGAACAACCGGUGGCAAACACGGGCAAUAACAAAGUAACUCUGGCAGCCCCCCAUCCGCAACCCCCUAAGAAGGACCAAAAUGAUCAAAACCUAACGUCCGACUCUCCCAGUGGACUUCACUACAGAUCUGGGGAUGAACCUGAACCAAUUGACUUAACUCACCUCAAUAUCGAGGCAGCUAUGAUGUGCUUGGCAAGUAAGAUCCGAAUGCUCUGUGGCAAAGCCAAUAGUCCCACUCUCAGUUCCCGAACGUUUCGCUUCAAAGAGCUGGACAUGGCCCGGCAAAAGAAGCUCGGGAGCGUUGUUUCCAGUAUUCCCAAAUCUGCCUCUUUGGAUUCGGCUUUCAAGAUCCCCGAUGUUCCUCGGCCUCAGGAGUCUCCCAACGAUAUCGAGGACUGGACAUCCGAGUUGAGACCGAGCAUGAGAAAAUUACGCCAAGGCAUGGAUAGCUUGUGUAAGACCUCACGAUUGGUCUGCAGCGUUCUUCGAUUGCAACAAUCACGAGAGGCGGUCAAUCUGAGCCAUGAUAUCAAAUAUCGCCGUGACGUUUGCUUCUCUCAGGCACUCACAACCUUAACCUCCUCCCUGAUGGCCAAAUUCUGGACCAUGGAGCCGGACCCGGCAUUUCUACACAUAUGCGCUCACCUAGGCCCCUUGGUGGCCUUUGAGAGUUUAGUCACCAUUCACGGGGACGAAACGGCUAUGUUCAACGACAUGGUGGUGGCAGUAGAGGACUUGAGGAAUGUGGAGUUCACCCUGAUUCUUGUGGACAAGCGGGCCAAAGCCAAGGCUAGACCCCUAACACCCAAGCCAAGUGGUCAAAUGCCGAUAUUACCCUACCACUCGUUUCCCCUCCCUAGGGUGACUGGUUCUCGCUGCAGCUUGAAAGUGCUACUUCCUGUUCCGGAUUACGUCUACACGAUGUUGCCUCUUGACAAGAUCAAGACCAUGACCUUUAGCAUUACCCCGGUAUUUUUCAAUGUGGGGAUCAACCAGAAUGCUUACCUCGCCGGUCGCUUUGGCAAUAAUGGGCUUCAAGAAAAAAACAACCUGGACAAUUUUAAGAUACUUCAAGAAUAUCAUAGGAGGUUCAAGAAGCUUGAUUUGCCCCAAGUUUCAAACAUGCCUGGGAGUCGGACCAAAAGAUUGUCAGUGAGUGGUUCCAACGAGCCUCAGCUAGAGGAUCUUUUGGCCAUUUUGAAGAAUGAGGUGAACAACAGGAAGAUCCAGAACGUUGAAAUUCUUCAUUUGGCAUCCGCUAUAACCAGAAGACUUCAAGGGAUUCGUUUUAUCAAUUGCAAAAGUGGAAAAGACAGAACUGGCAUGGCUGCAACAUUGGAGCAAGUUCAAAUAUUGUCUCGUGACUAUGACUUGGCCGAAAACGAGUACAAGAAGGCACUUGAUGUCAUGAGAUGUGAGGGCACGCGAUGUGAUAACGUGCUGAAGAAUAUCGGUGACAAGCGAUAUGCCUUUAAUACAAUACAAUUGACAGCUUUCCCAUAUCAAUAUCGACCUCCCGUGGGAUCGUAUGGUAGUAAGGUCACUUAAACGGCCGUUAUUUUUGCUUCCCUCUGAACUUCUACUAAGUAUCAUUCCUGUGCCAAAUUUUGUUCGUCAAAAAAAAAAGCUUCAAAUUUUAUACAACAACGUAACGCUACAACAUAACAAAUGUUCUUCCACAAUUUCGUCAUCAGUGGUGAAUUUCGAUUUGUCACGAGAUCGCUUCCAAUUUCUUUGCCUAUGUAGUGUGGGUAGGAACUGCUUUUUCUUGCUCUUUUUGUUGCUAAUUUCUAAUUGUUAUCUCAUCAUCAUUACCACUUUUGAGUUUACUUUCGCCAUAUCACUCAAGAAUGUACUAAAACUAUACAUAAAGUAGUGACCUAUUCCAAGAAAAAUGGUUAGUAUGAGCGUAUGAUCAUUUGUCAAACUCCCCCCAAUGAUUGAGCAUAGAAAACCAGUGUCCAAAUUAUUUUUUGAGUUUCAAUAAUAAAGUAUUUAACCUUGU